ACUCCCCAGCCUCCUCCAGUCUCCACCGUCGGAACGGGAGCCGUGGCUGCUCCCCUCCCCUUCCCUUCGAUCCCCACCUUGUCGCUAGGGUUUCCUCCCAAUCCAACCCCCUCCGCCAUGGCCAAGACGAAGCAGGGCAAGAGGGACGUUGAGUCCUACACCAUCAAGGGCACCAACAGGAUCGUCCGAGUGGGGGACUGCGUGCUGAUGCGGUCGUCGGACACGGACAACGCGCCGUACGUGGCGCGGGUGGAGGCGAUGGAGUCGGACGGGCGCGGGGGCGUGCGUGUGCGGGUGCGCUGGUACUACCGGCCGGAGGAGGCCAAGGGCGGCCGGCGGCCGUUCCACGGCGCCAAGGAGCUCUUCCUCUCCGAUCACUUCGACACGCAGAGCGCGCACACCAUCGAUGGCAAGUGCAUCGUCCAUUCCUUCAAGAACUACACCAAGCUCGACAACGUCGGCCCCGAGGACUUCUACUGCCGAUUUGAUUACAAGGCCGCCACCGGUUCAUUUACCCCUGACCGUGUUGCCGUGUAUUGCAAGUGCGAGAUGCCGUACAACCCAGAUGACCUCAUGGUGCAGUGUGAGGGAUGCAAAGACUGGUUCCAUCCUUCCUGUAUGGGAAUGACCAUUGAGCAGGCAAAAAAGAUAGAUCAUUACAUGUGCUCCGAUUGUGUUAAAGAAAAUGGUGGAAAGAGACCUUCAAAUUCAUACUCAGUUUCACCAAACUCUGAUUCAAAGCUUGAGUCAAAAAGGCGGAAGAGAUAACUGCUGUAACAGGAAUCAUCCCUGGUGAGGAAAUGGGUCUCUUCAUUGCUGGUGCAGAUUUAAGAUGUGAGAUGUACACUGCAAGAGGAGCCAGGCCAUUUGUAGGAUAAAAUUGUGUUUUGACUUAUCAUUCUGCUGUAUCUUGGGGAUUUCUCCUGCAGUUUAGACAUUAGCAUGAGUAGAUUAAUUCUCUGCCACUGUCCGCAAUGAUCAACAACUUGAGGCGGGGGACAAAGUCGAGAAAUCUAGAAUGUUGCUGACUUUCUCGUGUAACCCUUGUGUGGAGUAUCAGUGAGUGUGUGUGUGUGUUAACAUAUUCCCCUGCAGGAAAUGUUCCCCGUGUGAAUGAUGAUGAAUUGAUCAUAGCUUGACUGUUGUUUCAUAAAUUAAUUGGAUGUAGUUUAUGAGCUGGUUAUCAAUUAA